UUGACCAGACAAGAAGAAGGUUUAGCCGUCUGGCAGACAAAGGGAAUUCCACUAUGUGCGCGCAGGGAUUCGAUUUAUUGUCCCUCCGACGCCAUGCCCGACUCCGAAGUCCUCAUCCACAUCGCCGCGCCCAGCACCGUCCGUGACGAUGCACGCUAUCGCGCUCAAGUCGAGGCCAUUCUCGCAUUCCAGGCCUCCACCCGACAGAUGAUCACCUUGCGAUCGGACAAAGACCCCGAAGAAUCCCCUGGUGCAGACGAUGCAAGUACUGCCUCUAGCGCGCAGCCUGCUGCCUCUCCCACGGCAGUGGAUUCGACCGCCAGCACCGCUAGUGUAGCAGCCACUGUCGGUGAUCAAGCGCUCGAUGGUAGCACUCCCGAUAUACCUAGUCUGCAACCGGAAGCAGCACAAGCUCUGACGAAAGUCUCUUCGCCUUCCGGCCGAACCCAAUACGACGACUCCCUCGGAACCCCCAUUAGUGUGGUCCCAGACUCGCAACCCGGGCAAGGGCAGCCGGGCACCCUCGCCUUGCAGGAGAUCGAACCUCCUGUCACAGCAACCUGCCGCUCUCACGAACGAGCUCCCCCUACGGACUAUGUGCGGACAGCGAAGCGAAGCCGGGAAGAUCACCCGGUGCAUGAACACGAAAACCCCCCACAACCCUGUCUUGACGUUCCUUCCUCACCUGAUACCCAUCGCCACGACACACCAUCCACGAGAGAUACCCUAGUAACGACACCCCUCAAAAUCAUCCCGCCCUUGCCCCCAGUUUCCACAUCGCCCUUCAAAACCCAUAUAACCCCCACCCUCUCUAUGCUCGCCACGCGUCUCCGCUCCGAACGAACCUACACGCCCGUCAGACAGACCCGGGAUCUAGACCCCCUGGAACGCGGAUACUGGUUCCUCCAUAUCAAUCUCGUCCCCUCCGAACCACCACCACCAUCCAGAGCUGCAGCGCACAGUAACCCCGCAAUCAGCACGACGACCUGGGGCGUCUCAUUCUUUACCCGCUUCUGGACCUUCCUCUCCGAUUUUUUGAAGGAAGGCCGUGCAGGUUGGGGCGUCUGGUGUAUCGUGGAAGAUGCGCAGCCAACACCACCACCGGCAGUGAAACCCGGACAAUCGACCACGCACCCCCCAGCGGAUGCCGAAAUGCAGCGCCUAACACUCAAAGUCUACACGUGGGGCGAGGUUGCCUCGCAUAUAUACCUACUUUUAUUUCUGGCGAGUGAGCGCCGCAUCCGUCGGAUGGGCGCGCAGUGGCGCGAUGGGGGUGACAAGGUUGUCAUCGAGAUGCCGUAA